UCUCCAGUCUCCAGUCUCCAGUGCUCAGAUAUAGAGACUAAGGAGCCAAAAACGUAGAUUCGUAUAUAAACCAAUUGAUGCCAAAAAAUGGCGGAUUCAAACGAUUUAGUCGCCAUUGACAUGGAACUCAGCUCUCCUGAUAGAAAGGAGCACCUUGUCAAAACUGCCAAUGGAUUUAUUUCUGUUGCCAUCUUCGGAGACCCGGACAAGCCAGCUCUGAUUACAUAUCCUGAUCUGGCAUUAAAUUAUAUGUCCUGUUUCCAAGGGCUGUUCUUAUGCCCAGAAGCAUUUUCUCUGCUGCUUCAUAAUUUCUGCAUAUAUCAUAUUAAUCCUCCCGGCCAUGAGUUGGGAGCUGCUGCAGUGUCAUAUGAUGAUCCGGCGUUAUCUGUUGAUGACUUAGCUGAUCAGGUUGCCGAGGUUCUUGACCAUUUUGGACUUGGUGCAGUUAUGUGCUUGGGGGUAACAGCUGGUGCUUAUGUACUUACCCUGUUUGCUAUAAAAUAUAGACGACGAGUAAUUGGUCUCAUACUCGUUUCUCCUCUAUGCAAAACACCUUCUUGGUCAGAAUGGUUGUUUAACAAGGUCACUUCAAAUGUCCUAUAUUACUAUGGGAUGUGUGGUUUUGUAAAGGAGUUAUUUUUAAUGCGUUAUUUCAGUAAGGAAGUUCGUGGAGGUAGUAUAGUUCCAGAUUCUGAUACGGUUCAAUCAUGUAGAAAAUCGCUCGGUGAUAUGCAGAGUCAUAACGUGUUGCGAUUUCUCCAAGCUCUGAAUGGGAGAUCCGACAUCACGGAGGGGUUGAAAAGGCUGCAGUGUCGUUCUCUGAUCUUUGUGGGAGAAAAUUCUCCGUUCCAUUUGGAGUCUCUACAGAUGACUUCAAAACUAGAUAGAAGAUUCAGUGCAUUAAUAGAGGUUGGAAGAUGCGGGUCAUUGGUAACGGAGGAGCAACCAGAGGCAAUGUUGAUGGGGUUGGAAUACUUCUUGAUGGGAUAUGGAGUUUAUAGAGCAUGGGAGGUGAAUAUAAGCCCGAGAAGCCCGUUGAGCCCGACUUCAAUGUGUGCAGAGCUGUAUAAAGCAGAAAGCAUGGGUUUGAAGCUAAAACCUAUUAAAACUCGACUUCAUCCCAACCAAAAAGGUAUUUAUUAGGAAUGGAGGGAAUUUGAUGAAUUCUAAUACAAAUGAAAUUAAAGGUGCUUGUUUGUCUUUUAAUUAAUAACCUCCCCUCAUCAUGGUUUAACGUUUUCGAG